UGAUACAAAUUUGCCGGCGCGACAACAACUGGGCCGGCAUUUUGGUUAAAGAUUCCAAUUGUCAUAUUGAGUACUUUGAUUUUGUGUAGUGUGCGACUGUUUGUGCAAGCAAGAAACUCGCAAAUCUGGAUGCAUGCAAUGAGAUGAUUGCCGUCGCAGAGCCGCCACUGGAAUUCAUUCCUCGCGGUCGUCAGGCGGCAGAGGAGCAUCCCGGGCCCACAGAACCGCCGUUGCCCAAAUAUUUGCCCGCCGAGCAUUUGCUGCUGCAACGUCUACAAAAUGUCAAUAUCUCAGCCGCCACAGAGGAGCCACAAGAAUUCUGGAGCAUACGCGAAAUCUAUGAUGACUACGAGGCCAGCUAUGAGCGCGCCCAGCGUCGCCAGCAGCUAAUCGAGCAGACCAAAAAGUGCGGACCGAAUGCCGCCGCUGCCAUGCAGCUGACAUCGCUGCCACAACAGUUGCUGGAACCGAUCAAGCAGCGUCGCGAGGAGCCCAUGUGCGACUACAUAGUGAACAACGAGGAGGAGCUGUAUGUGAACAAGCACACGGUGAUCUGGACGCAGGGACUCAACGAUGACGAUGAUGGUGUGCAACGGCGCAUGUGCUUCACCUGCGACACGCCGGUGAAGUUCGCCUGUUUCCUGAAUCGUCGCUUUGUGCGCGGUCGCUUGGCGCAAUUGCGCGCCGCUGUCCAACCGGAGGAUGACAGCUUGACGGCCAUUUGUGUGGUGGAUCAGGAUGCACUGCGCGUCUAUUGUGAUGAUGGUGAUGACUUCUUGGCCAAUCUUGAUUUUCCCGUCUCGCAUCUGUGGCAAACGGAGCACGGCUUGCUGCUGGAGAAGGACUCCAGCAAUGCACUCGUCUCGCAUCUGUCCAUACCAAUGCCGCGUCUGUUCUCCAUGUCGCAUCCCUUGCACGAAGCCUGCCCGGUUGUGCUUAAAACAUCCACCAGUUCCACUGGAUACAUGACCGAACCGGAAUACAGUGUGGUCUUCACAGCCGAGGAUUCGGACCUCGUGCUGCUCUAUGAUGCCAAGUUCUUCAAGCAUUUUGCUGCCCGUCUGCGCAAAGUGACGCCCGAGGAGGUGAACUAUGUAAGCCAACAGCAGCAACAGGAGCUGCUCAACCAGACGCUGCAGGGACAUCGCGGCACACCGGGCACCAGCAGUGUCCAUAGCUUCAGCUCCACCAAGCUGACAGGCGCUACGCCCAAGCUGAGCACCGCAUCCUUUCUGGGACGCAACACUCCGGUUACGCCGGCAAACAAUUUCUCCAAAUAUGGCCUUAGUCAGUCGCAAUCCUUUAGCGGCGUCCUCGGGCAAUCCAAUCGCGCCUCGCUGGGCACACCGCUUAGUCAGCUGCAGAAUAGCAUUAGCCAGCAGUCGGUGUCCGUAAAGGAUAUGCGCAAGAUGACGCACGUGAAGCCGGCCAAGCCCAUUGAGCCGGAGAUGUGCUUGGAGCACAUCUGGACGGAGAACACAUACGGCACGCAACGCGAAUUCUGUGAGAUGGCGACCCGCGCCUUCAUCCACACGGAUCUGGUGGGUCAAACGUAUUUGUGCUAUUUGCUACCACGUUCCUGCCGCCUGCAGCUGGUGCUGAUCUAUGGCUAUGACACCAGCGAGCUGCAGCUGUCCACGAUGGCCUCCACGCUGCCCGCCAAGGAUGCGGUGGGUCUGCAGCGCUUGCAUAUGAUUGCUGUGCUGGAUCCGGGCGGCAAUCUUAUAUUAUACACGGGCACUGUGCUCAUUUCCAAGGUGCACAUAACGCCGCAGCUGACUACGACGGCGCCCAGUGUGCACAGUGCCACGCCCACGCCAGGAAGUGCGCCCGCUGCGCAUACGCCCCUGCAGGCCAUGCUGCCAUCCCAGCUGAAACCAGCGAGCAGCUCCUUUGUGGAGGUGCGUCGCAGCAGCCUGUUGCCGACCAAAGCGGCAGCCGAUCUGAACGCCUUCGAUGAGGAACUGGAGCUGCAUAUGCUGUCGCCCAUACAGCCGCAGGCCAUGUCCUAUACGCAACGGCAGGCGCAUAACAUAUGCAAAGCGCUGCGCGAUCCGGCCGGCAAUCGAUUGACCCUGGUCUAUGCCACCGGGCGCAUGUUGCGCAUUGCCCUGCCGCUGCUCAACGAUACGCGCCUCAUUACACGCUGUGUGGCCGCCCUGCGGCAGGUGCUCAAUCCGACACAGUUCCUGCACUUCAUCAUACGCUGGUACAGUGCACGCAAUCCGCCCGGUUCGCGCGACUACAGCAUCGAGCAGGAGUGGCAACUGUUCCGCAGCACACUGCUCGCCCUCAUGGGCUGCAUGGGCACGGCGACAGCCAACGAUCUGAGUGCCGAGGUGGAUGAGUCCUAUGCACGCUGUGCCACGCCGCCAAUGCAAACGCACCACAUGGGCUGUGGCGCGGCACAGGAUGAGCCACAGAAGCGACGCAAAUACAACGACUGCGAAAACUAUACCGACGAUGAUUGGGAAUUUAUGCUGCUGCAAACUGCGCUCUCCGCCUGCCCAACAGAUCCGCCGCAUGCGUACAGUGUGGACGUGACGGCGCCAUUGUUUCGCAUGCUGCCCGCCAUAUUCUAUGGGCUGCACAUGCUCUACGAGGAUCUCAAAAUGGAUGCGGUCUUUCACAGUUCGCUCCUCUAUCUGGCUUCGUUUCUGCACCAACUGGCCAUUGACAUGCAGCUGGACAGCUAUAUAUUUCACUAUCAUCUGGACUUUCCGGAGCUGACACACAAGACGACCAAGCUGACAAUGCUGGGCAACGAGCAUGGCGCCCUGAUGCUAUACCAGGAGCUGUUGCGCAUGCCGGCGCCCAGUGUCCAUGUGCAGCUGGAGCAUGUGCUGCUGGGCCGGGAGGAAGUGCCGCCGCUUAGCUAUUUGGAGUGCAUCAAUGAGCGUAGCCGGAAUAUGGUGCAGCUGGUCUCGCUGGUAAUGCAUGGCCACACCAAGCUGAAGCACUGGUGGCAGCUGCUCGAGAUCUUCGGCGCCGUACAAUCGAACUUUAAGAAGCGGCCCAAGCGCAGCAUUUCGGUGGAUGUGCCGCGGUGCCAUCAGGUGUUGGAGCUGUUGCUAUGCAUGCAGCUGACACGUCGAGAUAUUGAACGUUUGCCGGCCGCAGUGCAUCUGGUGCUAGCCGAGUCGCUGGAACAGGCGCGUCUAAUGCCGCCCAUGGGCAGCAGCAUGGCCGCCUAUGAGCUGAUAUUGCGACCCGAGCUGGCGGCGCAUGCGCAGCUGCCAUUUCUCGAAACGACUUUCGGUCAGCCGCAUUGUGGGCGCGUCUACAAGGAGGAUUCACUGUCGCCUCGCAUCGCGCCGUGCAGCGGUGAAUGGCCCAUGGCCGAGCCGGAGGCCGAGCAGUUGCGACACGAUGGCAUGGACAAUAUGGACACAAAACUGUUGCGUCUCCGCUUUCCGGACGACAUGCGUGUCGAGGAGGUGCGUCGUCUGCUCAACAGCGCCGAUCCGGUGGCCAUCGAGGUGCAACAAUCGCCCGGCACCAGCGAUCACGAGUUCAUCGAGGAGCAGGAGAAACAGCUAUUUGCGCUCUGUGCUCGGACCAUGACCCUGCCGCUGGGCCGGGGCAUGUUUACGCUGCGCACCCUGUUGCCCCGGCCGAGCGAUAAUAUGCCCAUGCCCAAGCUGUGCCUGGUCGGCCGGGAGCCGGUCAAGGGCACCACCAUUGAGAUGCAACAGAUUGAGUUUCCCGCCAAUAUGCAUAUGUGGCCAUCGUUUCAUAACGGCGUCGCGACUGGCCUUAAAAUCUCACCGCAAGCAUUGGAAAUUGAUUCCACAUGGAUUGUCUACAACAAGCCAAAGACCCAGGCGAACAAUGCACUGGAGCAUGCCGGAUUUCUGAUGGCUCUCGGCCUUAAUGGCCAUCUCAAGUCGCUGUCCUUUAUGAGCGUCUACAAGUAUUUGGUCAAGUGCGAUGAGAUGACCAGCGUCGGCCUGCUGCUGGGCAUCUCGGCGGCGCAUCGCGGCAGCAUGGACACCAAGACAACAAAAUUGCUGAGCGUGCAUCUGGAGGCUCUGCUGCCGGCGACUGCCAUGGAGCUGGACAUACCGCAGAGCACACAGGUGGCCGCUCUGAUGGGCAUCGGUUUGCUAUAUCAGGGCUCGGCUAAGCGGCACAUUGCCGAGGUGUUGCUCCAGGAGAUUGGACGUCCGCCCGGUCCCGAAAUGGAGAAUAGCGUUGAGCGUGAAUCGUAUGCAAUGACUGCCGGCUUGGCACUCGGCCUGGUCACCCUGGGCCAGGGUGAAUCUCCGGCCGGGCUACGUGAUCUUCAGCUGCCCGAUACGCUGCAUUAUUAUAUGGUUGGCGGCAUCAAGCGGCCCAUUGGCGGCUCACAGAAGGAGAAGUAUCGCCUGGCCUCGUUCCAGGUGCGCGAGGGCGAUAGCGUCAACAUUGAUGUGACCGCACCGGGCGCCACAUUGGCGCUGGGUCUCAUGUUCUUCGACUCGGGCAAUACGGCAAUUGCCGAGUGGAUGCAGCCACCGGAUUCACGCUAUCUGCUGGACAUGGUGCGUCCAGAUUUUCUCCUCUUGCGCACCAUUGCACGCGGCCUAAUCCUGUGGCAGCAGGUUCAGCCGGACAACGACUGGUUCCAAGCGCAAUUUCCCCAAACCCUGCGCACACACCUGCGUCUGCCCACGCGCGAAGAUGAGCCGCCCGAGGACAGCGAUGUCGACUAUGAGGCCAUCACACAAGCGUAUUGCAACAUUUUGGCGGGCGCCGCCUUCUGCAUUGGCCUGAAAUAUGCGGGCACCGAGAAUCCGGUCGCAUUUACCACACUGCGCGCCGUUAUCAAGGAAUUCCUCGGCUUUCCGGGCACACCCAUGGGCGAGUGUGCCGGCCGCACAACCAUCGAGAGCUGUUUGAUGGUGCUGCUUAUAUCCAUUUCGCUGGUGUUUGCCGGUUCCGGCAAUUGCGAAAUUCUGCGCAUCAUACGCUAUCUAAGAUCACGCGUUGGACCGCAAUAUCCGCACAUAACAUACGGCUCCCACAUGGCCAUACAUAUGUCGCUGGGUCUGCUCUUUCUGGGCGCCGGCCGUUUUACCAUUGCCAAGACGCCAGAGUCCAUAGCGGCGCUCGUCUGCGCCUUCUUCCCCAAGUUUCCCAUACACAGCAACGACAAUCGAUACCAUUUGCAGGCGCUUCGUCAUCUCUAUGUGCUGGCCGUGGAGCCUCGCCUGUUUUUGCCGCGCGAUAUCGACACCCAUCAGCUGUGCCUGUGCAACAUUUCGGUGCUGGAGGUGGGCUCCACCGAGCUGCGCCGCCUGCCCAUUGCGCCGUGUAUACUGCCCGAGCUGAGCACACUUCAGCAGGUGAUUGUGGAUGAUGAGAACUAUUGGCCCGUGUGCUUUGAACGUUCACGCAACUGGCAUCAGCUGGAAAAGGCAUUGGAGUUAAGUGCGCCCAUUGACAUUAAGAAGCGCACCGGUCGUCUGUCCCAUCUGGAGGAUCCGGAUCGUUUGAAGAGCAUGCUAGCCCAAACAUUGACCAUGGAGCAGAGCAUUUGCUGGCAAGUGGAUGUCAAUGAUCUGCAACAGUUCGCCAGCGAGCGUCUGGUCAAGCCAUUUCUCAGCCGCUUUCUGAACACCAAGGGCAUAGAGCUGAGCUAUACAGAGCUGAGUAAGCGCCAUCAAUUGAUGCUGCUCUUCUACAAUGCGGUGGUCAAGGAUCGCAUGCAUCUGCUGCCCGUUUACUUAACGCUCUACGAUCAUGUCACCAAGCAGGUGGCCAACAACAAUGAUAUAUGGCAGGUAAAGCUUAUCGAAGCCUAUUUGGGCAAAAGUCCCAGCGAGCAUACGCUCUUCUCCGUGGAGCUCAUACAGAUGAUGCAGGAGAUUGCCAAGCUGCAGCUGGAGCAAUGGACGCGUGAGCUAUGUAUACCGUUGCGUGAAUUUGUUACCCAAAAGCGUCUGGAGCCGGGCUAUGUAACCAGCAUCUGUGCACAGGAUCUGCAGCGUGUCUUCUGUGUCGUUAAUUAUUUCAAUCUGCUGCCGGACAUGUUGAGCAGUGUCGAUCUGAGCAGCGGCCCCAUCAACUACCUGCGCAUAAUAAUCGAGUUCAACAAGCUGCAGCUGGGUCCGCAAACUAUAUACGGUGUGCUCAAAAUAUUCCAAGCUUUGUCCAUAGAAAGUGUCGAGGAACAACAGGACGAGGUUGCCUUUUAAAAAAUCAAAUCUGUGCGCCUACAUUUCUUGUUAUCGCACAGCGGCUUUGGCAAUUUGUUAUCGAAUUCCCAAAGCCACAACUAGCUAUCGAUUAUGUUUUUAAAGCUGACCUCAGCUAACGCUCGUGUUUUGCAGCACUUGCGGUACUUACUGAGCCUUGCAGCACUGAGAUUUACAAUUUAAUUUGUUUCCUGCGCCUUGCAACGCUGAGAUUUACAAUUUUUAUUGCUUCCAAUAAGAAAUAUAAUUAUUAUAAAAAAAUAUAUGUAGUUAAUAUUUACAUACACUUACAUAUUUGUACAUACAAAAAGAAUCUUACAAAAUUGUACCCCUUUAUUUGUACCCUGAACCCGUUGAAUAUAGUUUUGUGAAAUUGUCUGUAACAGGCAGCUAAAAGCAGCUCCGACUCCCAUAAAGUAUAAUGUAUUCUUAGCAAA